GAAAGAAUUGCAACACUUGAGCGACAAGCGAGAUACGAUUUUUCCACUAUACAACGGUUUCGUGAGCGUUUAGAUCAAAUAGACGAAUCAAUAGUGAGAAACAUGGUGAACAUUACGAACCUCGAAGCACAACGUGAAGAGCGCGCACUGAGAUCAAAUCAUACACAGCUAUAAUGGUACGUUACUUUGGAGAAUAGACAACUUCAAUCGAAAGCGACAGGACGCCAUUAAUGGUGUUAGGAAUGCCUGGUACAGUCCACCAUUUUACAGUUCUCAAUAUGGUUACAAGAUGUGUGCUAAGAUCUAUAUGAAUGGUGAUAGUCGGGGAAAUGGAACUCAUUUAUCUUUGUUCUUUGUUAUCAUGAAAGGUGAUUACGAUGCUCUACAAACAUGGCCAUUUCAAAAGAAGAUCACAAUGAUGUUAAUGGCUCAAGGAAAUGGUGAUCACAUGAUUGAUGCUUUUCAUUCAGAUCCUCAAAGUUCCUUAUUUCAGCGACCAGAGUCUGAUUUGAAUCCAUUUGGAUUGUUAGUUCUAAUUUCGUCGAUAUAGAGCUUAAGCAAUAUUCCGUUCAUUAAAGAGAAUACAAUGUUUAUUAAGUUAAAAAUUGAACGAGCAAAAAAUCUAAAUACACUCGCUCCUGCUUCUCUAUAUUAGACACUGAAAAUAUCUCAAUUCUCUAUCAAUCUUAAAUUAGCUUUAUACUUAGGCAAACGUAACCCGACCUAAACAUGUUGCAAACAACUCUUCUAGCUCUUUCACGUAAUUUUCAGUUGUCUAUACAAAACGCUAUUUGUUGUAAAGCACUCAAUAGUGUUUAUAUAAGUUUUUCUUG